CGGCGGCGGCGGCGGCGGCUGACAGCGACGCAGGACCCCCCCUCCCGCCGGGCCAGAGCAGGCGCAGCCCUCCCCGCCCGUCCCCGGUCCAGCGGCGGCGUGACACCGACCGCGCUCCAUGGAGCCCGGCUAGGGGCUCCCGCCCGCAGCCGCCGGGAGAGCCGGAGGCCAAGCUAUGUCCGUGCAGAUGCUUUUGGCAGCCCUGACCCAAUGUGGAUCCUGGUGACAGCAAUGUAAACGUGAAUUUCUGCAAAGUCUCAGAAGUCCUGUAAAAUGGAGGAACUGUACAAGGACACACAAAAUCUGCCCAUGGAUGUUACCAACUCUCCUUCCACAAUAGCUAACAAUAAGCUAGAAAAUGGGGUCGCUCAGCUGAUAACUGCUGAAGCCUGGAAUAUCAACUCCACAGACUUGAUGAAGAAAGCACUUUCACCCCUUGUGACUGUCCCAGCCCCUUCGAUCCUCACCCCACCAGCGGAAUCCCAAAGUGGGGUAGCUCUGAAAGUAGCAGCCACGGUGCUCCAGCCAAUUUGUUUAGGGGACAGCCCAGUGGUUCUUCCAAUACACCUGCAAGUAGCCGGGAGCACCACCCCUCAGAUUGCGCCUAAUAACAACACUCCAUAUGUUAUGACGACUCAAGGUCCAGUUCCACUACCUGUCCUCUUGGAGCAACAUGUGUUUCAGCAUUUAAAUUCUCCAUUGGUGUUACCUCAGGGUGCUCCCUGCUCUACAAAUCCCAUUCACAGCAAUCUUUUCCAGGGUUCUUCUGCCCCAGUUGGACAGCCCCAGUUACUGGAUCAGAAAGCAUCCAACCAGACCCAGGAGCCCAUCUUACCCCCAGUGUUUCAGACACCAGGAUUUGCUGCAGUUCUUCAGGAUUUGUUUCCUCCACAGGGCACCUUAGGUUCAUCACCCUGUCAGCCACCCCCAGAUUACACCUCUGUUCCGCCCCAGGCCUUCAGUUCCCCUCUGUCUCCACUGGUACCUCCAGCCACCCUCCUAGUGCCAUAUCCGGUGAUUGUCCCCUUGCCAGUCCCAGUCCCCAUCCCUAUCCCUAUCCCCAUCCCUGUGCCUCAUGGCGCUGAAUCCAAGGUCAACCCGGACUACCCCAAGCCACCAUUGUUCACCCUGUAUUCCUGCAAAGGCACCCAAACCCCUCUGGAGAAAGAAGAAUCUAAACCCUUUGAUUUCAUCCACCACAGGGAAUUUUCCCAGCUGAAUCGUCACACAGUCAUCAAGAUGAGCAAUGAGAAUGAGGCCCUGGACCUUUCCAUGAAAACGGUGCCCUUGCUAAAGGCAAGUGAGGUCAGUUCCCAGCUCACCCCUGAAGAUGGUGCUUUAGACUUGUCGAUUGCUUCCUACAGGAAGACGGGCAAUGCGGUGGUCCAUGCUGAAGCAGCUAGUGCCAUGUGCUCUGGAUCCAUGAUGGACAGUGCUGCUCAUUCCAUGAUGGAUAAACUCUCCAGUGCAACAGUCCCCUUUGCCCCUCCCAAACCUCACGAAGCCUCAGCCAAGGUCGACAGCAGAAUGACUGGUAGCAAUUCGGCCGAGCUCCUGAGACAGCAGCAAAAGUGGCUGGUGGAUCAGACGAGCAGAGCAGCCUGUGAACCCAAGGCUGGGAAUAAUAUUGAGAUUGUGAGCACUUCGCAGACUGCCAAAGUAAUAGUCUCUGUCAAAGAUGCUGUGCCCACUAUUUUUUGUGGCAAGAUUAAAGGCCUCUCGGGAGUAUCCACCAAAAACUUCUCCUUCAAAAGGGACAUGCCCCAGGACUCUGUUCUGCAGUGUUACGAUGUGAAGAACCAGCCAGAGCCUAGGGAUAAUGCAGAAGCUCUUAGGAAACCAAUCAAAAACAGGAGUGUAAAGUUAAAGAAAAUGAACUCCCAGGAGAUACACAUUCUUCCAAUCAAAAAGCAACGGCUCGCUGCCUUCUUUCCAAGAAAGUAAAUUAUGGGUUUUUAGAAUUUUAAGAUAUAAUUAUUAUUAUGAAAAAUAAAAAAGAUGCACUUGGCUUAAAAUGCAUUUAAAACUUUAAACUAUCUUUGUAAGUUAUUUUGGGGAAAGCGGGAGAGGAUUGGAUGUAGAUUUCCUGUAAAGCUGGGGGAGGAAACUUCUUUUGGUUUUGUUUUUUGUUAUUGAUUUUUGACUUUUCAUGAAAAAGUAAAUAAAAAGCAACCUAUUUUUCAAGCGGAUUGCACAUUUUGCAGCUUUAAUGGAAUAACGGAUGAGUCAGAGGGGUAAGAGCUAUUUUCACUGCCAUAAAGUGCUUUGAUGAUGUAAUUCUUAGAAAUGGGUACAAUGGAAACUUCAAAAUAAAUGUUUGUAUGUGGUAA